AUGUCUCAGAAACAAUCGAAGAAGCGCAAUGGCGCCUCUUCAAGCAAGAUUACGGACUCGCGCUUUGCUAAUUUCGAGACAGAUCCCCGAUUCCGCCUGCCUUCAAGCAAGAAGACGAAGACCACUAUCGACAAGCGAUUCUCCCGAAUGUUGAAGGAUGACGACUUCAGCGCAAUUUCAAAAGUCGAUCGAUACGGUCGUAAAAUCAAAACAGACACCAAGAAGAAGGCGCUCCAACGUCUCUAUCAAGAAGAGGAGGACGAUGCCGAGGUUGAGGAUGAUGAUGUUGUACGGAGGGAGCUGGAGAAGGCGGACGCCAAGUACGACCCGGCUCGAGGAGGUGGCUUCUCCUCCUCAGAUUCCGAAUCGGACUCUGAUGAGGAUGAUGAGGACUCAGAGGCGGAGGAAGUGAAAGCCGAUACCGCGCCGGACAUGCAGCGUUUCCGAACCGAGCAGGCUGAGGUGCCCACAGGUGAUGUCACCAACCGGAUUGCGAUAGUCAACCUGGACUGGGAUCACGUCAAAUCUGUCGAUUUGAUGGCGCUUUUCUCUAGUUUCUUACCUGUUGGUGGUCGCAUUGAGAAAGUCGCCGUCUACCCCAGCGAGUUUGGAAAGGAGAGAAUGCAGCGCGAAGAGCUCGAGGGGCCUCCCAAGGAGAUCUUCAAGAAGAAUGCUGCUGCAGAGGAGGACAGCGAGGAAGCCGAGGAAGACAACAGCGAUGAAGAUGACGAAGAUGUGGAUAGUGAUGAGGAAACAAAGAAAGAGCUGCUAGAAGAAGGCGACGAUCAAGAUUUCGACAGUGAUGCCCUACGCACAUAUCAGCUCGACAGGUUACGGUACUAUUACGCUGUCGUGACCUGCUCCGACAAGAAUUCGGCACAUAAGAUCUACCAGGCUACUGAUGGUACGGAAUACCAGUCAUCAUCAAAUUUCCUAGAUCUACGAUUCAUACCCGAGGAUGUCACGUUCGAUGAUGAGCCUAGGGACGAGUGCGAUGCCGUGCCAGCAGGCUACAAGCCGGUCGAGUUUGUGACUGACGCACUGCAACACUCGAAAGUCAAAUUGACUUGGGAUAUGCACCCGGAGGAGGCUAUGCGGAAAGAGUCCAUCAAGAACGCCUUCUCGGGAAGCCGAGCAGACAUUGCAGAAAAUGACCUUCGGACUUAUCUCGCCAGCGAUAGCGAGGAUGACGAUGACGAUGAGGCGGCUGAGGAGCAGCUGAAGAGCGAAGCAGGAGAGGAGCCGAAGCUGAGUAAGAAGGAACUUGCAAGGCGCAAGAUGCGUGCCGCUCUUGGCUUGAGCGAAGAUCCUACUCCCAAGUCGUCGAAGUCUGCACCCAUUGGUGGUAUGCAGAUUACAUUCACUCCUGCCUUAUCAGAAGUGUCUUCUGGUAAGAAGCAGGACGAGCAAGAAGAAACCACAGUAGAGAAGUAUCUGCGCAAAGAGCGAGAAAGGAGAGCUAAGCGAAAGGAGAGGAUGUCAAAGACCGAUGGCGACGACGCGGGCGCUGCUGGCAAAGACGGCCAAGCUGCAACGGAAGACCUUGGCUUUGAUGAUCCCUUCUUCACUGCCGAGGAGCCUACCAAACCCACAAAGUCUGCAGUUCGGAAAGAAGAGCGGCUCAAGAAACGCGAGAUCAAGGAGGCGGAAGAGAAACAAAAUGCAGCCGAGAAGGCUCAAUUGGAGCUCCUCAUGGCAGACAACCCUGACGAGAAUACCGCUCAUCUUGACCAUUUUGACAUGAACGAGAUCAUACGAGCUGAGAAACACAAGAAUAAGAAGAAGAAGAAGAAGGGCAAGAAGGCCAUUGAAGACCGUGGAGGUUUGCAAGAUGAAUUCAAUAUGGAUGUUGGAGAUUCGCGUUUCAAGGCCGUCUUCGAGAACCACGAAUUCGCCAUCGAUCCUUCGAAUCCGAAGUACAAGGCUACUCAAGGUAUGAAAAAGCUUCUGGAAGAAGGGCGGAAGAAGAGAAAGACGAUUAGCGAUGAGGAACCUAUUUUGCGCCAAGAAGGUGCGCCGAAGAAAGCCAAGCGGGAUGAUUUGGGUGGCCUUGUAGCCUCCAUAAAGAAGAAAUCUGGUGGUCGCAAAUAG